AUUAAAUUGUGGCGCGAUACCACAACCGUUAAAAAACGACCAACAUCUUUUUAUCGACUUCUCUUCUUCAGAUAAGGUUUCUUUCCCAUCUCUCUCGUCUUCGAGCUCAGCCAUGGCUGAAGCUUCAAGGGUUUUCAAUUCUUCCCUUGUUCCCAACUUUCGUCCACUUCAAUACACUCAUUCAACCAAGCCCCACGCUGCAACUUUUCGCAGACAUUCAAUCAACUGCUCCGUAUCCACCACUGACACUGCCAGAGUGGCAGCGACCGGCCCCAUUCCAUGGGGUUGCGACAUCGAUUCCUUGGAGAAUGCUUCUGCUCUUCAGAAAUGGUUGUCGGAGUCUGGCUUACCUGACCAGAAGAUGUCGAUUCAGAGAGUGGAUGUUGGAGAGAGAGGGCUUGUGGCUUUGAAGAAUGUUAGGAAAGGGGAGAAGUUACUGUUUGUGCCGCCUUCUCUCGUUAUCUCUGCAGAAUCGGAGUGGAGCUGCCCUGAGGCUGGGGAGGUGUUAAAACGUAAUUCAGUACCAGAUUGGCCACUUAUUGCAACCUACUUGAUAAGCGAAGCAAGUCUAAUGAAAUCAUCAAGAUGGAGCAACUAUAUAUCGGCCUUACCCCGGCAACCUUAUUCACUUUUGUAUUGGACACGUGAAGAGCUAGAUCGAUAUCUAGAAGCAUCAGAGAUCAGAGAAAGGGCAAUAGAAAGGAUCACAAAUGUUGUAGGAACAUACAAUGAUUUGAGAGUCAGGGUAUUUUCUAAACAUCCCGAAUUAUUCCCCGAGGAGGUAUUCAAUAUUGAAACUUUCAAGUGGUCGUUUGGGAUUCUUUUCUCCCGCUUGGUUCGGUUACCCUCUAUGGAUGGAAAGGUUGCAUUGGUUCCCUGGGCUGAUAUGCUGAAUCAUAACUGUGAAGUGGAAACUUUUUUGGAUUAUGAUAAAGCAUCCCAAGGUGUUGUCUUUACAACAGAUCGAGCAUACCAACCAGGUGAGCAGGUGUUCAUUUCAUAUGGCAAGAAAUCUAAUGGGGAGUUGUUGUUGUCAUAUGGCUUUGUUCCAAAGGAGGGAAGCAAUCCUAGCGAUUCUGUUGAGUUGUUACUCUCCCUAAAAAAAUCUGAUAAAUGUUAUAAGGAGAAGUUGGAAGCACUGAAAAAGCAUGGAUUAAGGGCAUCCCAGUGUUUUCCUAUCCAAAUCACUGGCUGGCCUUUAGAAUUGAAAGCAUUUGCUUAUUUAGCUGUUAGUCCGCCAAGUUUGAGCAAUCAGUUUGACGAGAUGGCUGCUGCAACAUCCAAUAAAUCAACAGCAAAAAAGGAUUUAAGUUACCCUGAUAUAGAGGAGGAAGCGAUGCAGUUCAUAUUAGAUAGCUGUGAAACUAGCAUAUCAAAAUAUAACAAAUUUUUACAGGCAAGUGGAUCCAUGGAUUUGGAUGUGACGUUGCCAAAACAACUCAACCGUAGAGUAUUUUUGAAACAGCUGGCAGUAGACUUGUGCACUAGCGAACGAAGGAUACUUUUUCGAAGCCAAUAUAUUCUGAGAAGAAGAUUGAGAGACUUAAGAAGUGGUGAAUUGAGAGCUCUAAAACUGUUCAGAGGGUUUGGGAAACUUUUCAAAUGAUUGGUUCACAAAUCGAACGUGCUAGUCCUAAACCUUACAAAACACCCGCCGGAGCCUUGCCCACUUGCCGUGGCUGCCACAGUUAGUUUUCUACUUGAGAAUCAAAGAGUCUGGUCUAUAUAGCAUCAAAGGUUCUGUUUAGAGUUGUGUGGUGAACAAAGUGAAAAAUGCAAAAGAACUUCCCCACUCCCUACCACCACCUCUUGAUACAUCUUCAUAUUGUAAGUUAUGUAUUUUGUUGGAUUAGUUUUAAACAUUCUCGAGAGAAAAUUAAUGGAUUUCAGUAGCUUUUGAUUCAACACAAA